UAGUUCCUGCAAUGAAUGGCCCAGGGAGUGAUUGAGUACAAGGAAAAGUAUGGAUUUGAUCCUUUCAUUAGCAGUAACAUCCAGUAUUUUUUGGAUCGGUUUUAUACCAACCGCAUCUCUUUCUGCAUGCUUAUUAACCAGCACACACUUCUUUUUGGUGGUGACCCGAAUCCUGCUCAUCCUAAACACAUAGGAAGUAUUGAUCCCACUUGUAGCGUGGCCGAUGUAGUGAAAGAUGCAUAUGAAACAGCCAAGAUGCUGUGUGAACAGUAUUACUUGGUAGCUCCAGACUGGAAGGUUCAAGAUCAAAACCACGAAGUCAGUAACAAACCUAUUCAGGUAGUUUAUGUGCCCUCACAUCUGUUUCACAUGCUAUUUGAGUUGUUCAAGAACUCAAUGAGAGCAAUGGUAGAAUUACAUGAAGAUAGAAAAGAGGGCUACCCAGCUGUUAAGGCCCUUGUUACUUUGGGUAAAGAAGACUUAUCCAUUAAGAUAAGUGACCAAGGUGGUGGUGUCCCACUUUGGAAAAUAGAUCGUCUUUUUAAUUAUAUGUAUUCAACUGCUCCUAGACCCAGCCUGGAGCCUACAAGAGCUGCCCCUUUGGCUGGAUUUGGUUACGGUUUGCCAAUUUCUCGUCUGUAUUCUAGAUAUUUUCAAGGAGACCUGAAACUUUAUUCCAUGGAAGGAGUGGGUACUGAUGCCGUAAUUUAUUUGAAGGCUCUUUCAAGCGAAUCAUUUGAGAGACUCCCAGUCUUUAAUAAGUCAGCAUGGCGCCAUUACAAGACCACACCUGAAGCUGAUGAUUGGAGCAAUCCUAGCAGAGAACCCAGAGAUGCUUCAAAAUACAAGGCUGAACAGGACAAGGUCAAGACCAAUAGAACUUUGUAGAGAACUGAAUGCUUUGGUCCUCUCUGUGAAGAAAGAUUAGCUUCUGCAAGUCAACCUUAGAGGACUCCUU